CGCUGUUUCCCAACGCCGACCCCCGACGCCAACCUCCGUGUGCAGCGGGAGUCAAUUUGCCCAAUUCAGCCUAGCGUGGCUCGGACAGCCGACUCUAUCCAUGCAUCCCGACCUGCUCUCCUCACCAUCUACAGCCUUCAGAGCGAAAGUGCAAUCCCACAGCGCUCUCGCGAGCAUACACGCACACACACCACCAACAAGCACCACCUCUCCGUUCUAAUGCCGCGCAACGAGCCGUCAACCUCCCAGCGUCACCGCUUGGGCAUACGCACAAGAUGGACGCCGCCGCACUCGGACGCGCAUACUCAUUGACAGUUCUCCCGCUCCGCCUUUAGAUUCGCACCGAGCAGCUGCUGGAUCCACUGGCUUCUCGGCCCAGCGUUUCGGAAACUCCUUCGGCGACUAAACACACGUUAAACCGAGCGUUUUCAAGAGGACAGUAGUUCUAGAGAACAGGUACAUGUGGAAAGUAGAAACGCCUUGCUCAAUCCAGAAGGAGAGGCCUGAAUACGCAGGCCGCUAGAUUGUUAGAAUACUUGUUAAGUAGGGCUCUGACCAACAGCAGGUCUCCCUGCCGCCGAUCAGCACGCGAGCCUUAUAUGCCGUAUGCCGUUCGCUUAUUUGAUGUAUCCUAACAUUAUCACAAAGAAGUGCUUCACCCAACUAAGUAUGUCACAGCUAAAGCUUAUCGUGGAGGCACGGGAGCUUUGGUUUCGAUUUGUGAGGCUCCAAUUCGGUUUGCUCCAUGCUUUUUCACGACAACCGAUUGCAAUCCAUAGAAGACUUGAAUAGUCUAAAACCAGUUACAGAACUUGCUGUGCGCCCUCCAAUGAUCAAUUCAUACUCUUGUCCACUUUUCAAGUCACUCGAUAAAUGCAGGUCCAGGAACUUAAGUAGGGGUGGGAGUUAUCACGCACCAUCCGACAUGCCACCUUCCGAUACCAGUAAUGCCACCGUGGCCCAGCUCAAUACUUGA